AUGGCACACGAGUCCAAUUUUAUCAGCAAAGGCUAUGCACGUGGAACUAUUGAUGCCGAAAGAGGCACCGAUGACAAAAAGGACUUUACAUUUCAAUUUAGAAUUGAGUCAGCAAAGGACUUCCCCGCAAACAACAUAUCGAACAACAACCAUGGCGCUCAUAUCGACAACAUGACAAUAGUAACGGCAUUCUUUGACUUAGGAUCUUUCCGUAAAGGAACAUCACUCACAGUUACCACACAAACUUACAUCAAUUGGGUUAAAACAUUUAAAUACAUGAAUAACUCUUUAGUAGUUUAUACAGAUUCUGUAAUAUUUUCGGAUAUUUUUCGUGAACUACGCAGGGGAAUGGAACAGAGAACCAAAAUUGUUUUUAUGAACAGAACACAACUCUGGGCAUUCCAAAUACACAAUGCCAUUAAGACAAUAUAUUCACAAGAAGGCUAUCCUAAACAUUUCCCCAAUACAGUUCUGCCAGUGUAUUCUUGUACUCAACAUUCAAAAUAUGAGGUAGUUGCGGACGCUGUCCGUAAACAAUACUUCAAAUCCAAGUUUUACGCAUGGCUGGAUAUUGGAUAUUUUCGUGAUAUUGUUCAAUCAAAUAAAUACUUUACUCUACGUCCAUUGGAUGAUUUCGAUAGGAAUAGACUUGCCGUUAACCUAGUCUACCCAUCGUUGUCACUGAAUGUAAGUUAUAAAUCAAUAGUGUACAACAAUCAGGUUUGGGUGGGAGGGGGUAUGUUUAUAGGAACAGCCGAUGUUUUACUUGCACUUGAGAAGGAAUAUAAAAGAGCUGUAAUGUUUCUACUAGACAAGCGACUGAUAAGUACAGAUCAGCAGGUAAUUCUAUCAAUGUAUAGUGUACAGGGACGAAAAGAUUUGAACACAACUCUACAACUUCAGGUUUAUUCUCGAAGACAGAAUGAAACUAAUUUAAAGAACGGAAACCCAUGGUUUUACCUCGGAUAUAAAUGUUUGAACUUUGCAUCUACUUGA